UUUUAAUAUUUCUGAUUUUCUGUUUUUUCUCCAUUUCUCUUCACGAGUUUGAUUUGGAAUCAGACCGGAAACCGCUGCUGUCAGCAUGAGGCUAGCGUUAGCUGCUAAGGUGUGUUGAUGAUGUCAUCAGCAGAUGACCAGCUGUGUCUGAACAUCAGCAGCGGUGUGCCCUCAUCGCAGUCUUCCAGGAGGAAACCUCUGAGCGCUCAGCAGAGAUGGGCCAGGAAGAAGCAGAGAGCAGAGACGAGGAGGUUCAGCUUCUCCUCCGAGGAGAAGAGACGCUCCUCCAAACAGAGGAGGCUGCAGGAGCACGAGGAGCACGAGGAGGUACAGGCACAGACUGAAGCUCCUCCUCCUGCAGAUUCACAGGCUCCGCCCCCCGAGCCCACAGAGAGGGCGGCACCACAGAAGAAGAAGAAAAAGGAGGGGGAGAAGGAUGGAGCCAAGGAGACAGGAAGGAGCGGCAUCAAGACCUCCUCUCUGUUCAAACACAACCCAGACAUACCUGAGAUCCACAGACCAGCUGUUUCUCAGGUGAAGGAGAAGAUUUUCACCUCUGAAUCGUUUUCAGACCUGGACCUGCACCCACACCUGGUGGCGACACUGAACAAAGUCCUGAAUGUUUCCACACUUACCAGUGUUCAGAAACAGACUAUCCCAGUUCUUCUCUCCGGACAAGACGCUGUAGUUCGAUCUCAGACGGGAUCAGGUAAGACUCUGUCUUAUGCCGUCCCGCUGGUUCAGAGUCUUCAGUCGAUCCAGCCGAAGGUCAGCAGGUCAGACGGUCCUCUGGCUGUCGUCAUCGUCCCCACCCGAGAGCUCGCGCAGCAGACCUUCCAGAGCUUCCAGAAACUUCUGAAGCCCUUUACCUGGAUCGUCCCAGGUGUUCUAAUGGGAGGAGAGAAGAGGAAAGCAGAGAAGGCCAGACUCCGUAAAGGAAUUAACAUCCUGGUUUCAACCCCUGGACGUCUGGUGGAUCAUAUCAAACACACCCUGAGCAUCGCCUUCAGCGCUGUACGCUGGCUGAUCCUGGACGAGGCCGAUCGGACAUUGGACCUGGGUUUUGAGAAGGAUCUGACCGUCAUAUUAAACAGCCUGAACUCUACAGGACCGAGCAGACAGAACGUCCUGCUGUCUGCUACACUGACACAUGGUGUGACUCGGCUGGCAGAUGUUUGUCUGAACGACCCGGUCAGCAUCCACGUGUCUGGCCCCGCCUCCUCUGACCUCACCGCCAUCACUGCUGUGACCUCUGACCCUGGCUCAGCCAGCCAAUCAGAGAGCUUUGCCGUACCAGAGGCCUUGAAGCAGUUUGUGGUGGUGGUUCCCAGUAAGAUCAGACUGGUCUGUCUGGCUGCUUUCAUACUGGACAAAUGUCAGUUUUCUCAGAACAACAAAGUCAUCGUCUUCCUCUCGAGCUGCGAGGCCGUCGAGUUCCUCCACUCUCUCUUCACCUCCGUCCUCUCCAGGCCCUCGGCCAAUCACAAGCCCCCGCUCAGCUUCCUGCGUCUCCAUGGCAACAUGAAGCAGCAGGAGCGCUCAGACGUCUUCCAGCAGUUUUCGGUGUCUCAGUCUGGAGUCCUGCUCUGUACGGAUGUAGCAGCCAGAGGCCUGGACCUUCCUCAGGUCACCUGGAUUGUUCAGUACACUCCUCCGACAGCAGCAGCGGAGUACGUUCACCGUGUCGGUCGGACGGCUCGUAUCGGAGGAAGGGGAAGCAGCCUCCUCUUCCUCACCCCCGCCGAGACCGCCUUCAUCACCGAGCUGGCCAAUCACACCAUCAGUCUAUCAGAAAUGAAGCUGCUGGACAUUCUGUCAAGUCUGAUGAUGGAUGAUGUCUACAAGGGGAGGGGCAAAUACCACAGCAAGAGUUCGUCCAAAGCUCUGGAGCAGGAGAUCAGAGAGAGAGCCACGGUUCUGCAGACGGAGUUUGAGAACUUUGUCCACUCAGAUUCUGAGUCAGUGCAGACCGCCAAGAAAGCGCUGCAGUCCUUCCUGCGGGCGUACACCACCUACCCCGCUCACCUCAAACACAUCUUCCACAUCCGCUCCCUCCACCUGGGACACACCGCCAAGAGCUUCGGCCUCAGGGACGCUCCACAGGGUCUGAGCUCUGCCAUCGGCCCCCUGGGCCCCGGGACCAGACGCCACAACAAUAACCAGAACAGGAACCGGGCCAGGAGUCCGGUCCAGAACCAGAACAAGAAGCAGACCGCUGGACAGGACAGAGCUGAAGAGAAGAGGUUCGGUCCCGGUCAGAGGGAGGUCAGUCUGCUGCGCUCCGAGUUCUCCAGCGGGUUGCAGGGAGGAGGCGUCAAGAAGAAGAAGAAGAAGAAGAAGACGGCGUCUGGUCAGUCAGGGGAGGAGGAGUAAUGAGGAGUUGCAGCAGCUGCAGUGCCCAUGAGCAAGGUGACAACCUGCGAACAGCUGACUGACACGUCCUCACUGUUGCAAAGACACGACAGACGAUUUGAUCACCAGACAUCAGUGAAUCUGAGGCCGAAAAACCAUGUUAGAAAACUACAGCUUUGGUCACCCGAGCGUUCAGGUGUUUGCUGGUGGCGGCAGCGAAGCGUCCAGACAUGAAACACUGAGCAGUUGGACUGCAAGUCCUGGAAAGGCCCUGGGGGAGUCCUGGAAAGGCCCUGGAGGAGUCCUGGAGGAGUCCUGGGGGAGUCCUGGAGGAGCCUGACUGUGUGCUCAGACAGAACACGGUGCGAUUAGAUGCAGAUUCAGGGCGUUCAGCCUCCGUCUGCGGGCAACAGGUGAACAUGUGUGCCUCUGCUGGAGCUUUCUGAAUUCGCCAUGUCACAGUAAAUGGUCUCGCAUGCAGUCAAACAUCAUUUCUCCUUCCUCUCAGGAGCCUUUAAAAUGUUGCAGUGAAACGAGCUCGGACUCCUCUGGUUGGUCAACAGUUACUUUAAUUCUAAUUUGGUUUGCAUUUCAAUUGUAAUUGACUUUAAACAUCAGUUCUGACGGAGAAAAUGUGUUUGGACUUUGUUCUUGCCCUUUAAGCUCCGGCGUGGGAGCUUCCGUCAUAGCGCCCCCCCACUGCAAUGCUUCAAACCGCAGCUCGCACCUGCGACCUGUGAGGGGUUUUCAACAGAAUGAAAUCCACUUUGUGCCCCUCUGAAGUGUUCCGGGACAAAGACUGAGUGUGUGUCUCUGCUGUUUGUAGAAACCGUUUUCAUUUUUCACCAAAUCAGAAAAACCUGAUCAGGGUGUGACCUUUACAUAUAAACAUGUUUUUCUACUGUCAGAUGUUGUCGCCAUUGAAGCGGUAAAAUGAUUCAUUUUUCUUUGCUUUUUUUAAAUAAAAUUAGUAUUUCUACUGGCGAGAGCAGCAAACACCUGCAGCGUCUACACGAUUGUUAACAAAUGCUCACAGUUGGUUGAGUUGAGACCACGGGCAGUUUACUGGGAAUAAGUGUGUGGUUGUAAAGCAUCUGUGGCGUUAAUGUGCGAAGGCUUGGGACGGACGUCCACACACAUUAACACAACGUCAGAAAAACGCUUUCGCUCUACUGGACCCUCAACAAAAUAAAAAUAGAAGAUAAAUAAAUCACUGGAAAACUGGAGCUGAACUUUAAAAGCUGAGGGUACAGUGAGACUUUUGAUGCUCUGCAAGAAAUAAA